AGUAAAAAUAAACACCCAGUUGGAACUCAGGAAUGUGAAAAUCACGAAAGGAAUCGCCCAGCCAAACAUUAUCAGAUAUAGACACUCACCUUCACUACCCACCGCCACCCAUCUCUCUUUCUCUAGACAUCUCUCCUCCGCCCAACAUCAUCAUCUCUCCUCUUCUCUCGUCCUUUCUCUCUCUCUCUCUCUCUCUCUCUCUCUCUUCCUCUGUCGGACACACUUUCGUCCACUUGAUUUGAAGAUCAACCAGCAGCCCCUAAAAGGAUACUGGUGCUUUUUGCAAUCUUUCAUCUCAUUCAUGGCUGUUUUAGCAUAUCUGGUGCUUUUUUUGGCCCUCACUGGUCAUUCAAGUGCUACUUAUUGCAUGUGCAGAGAUGGGAUGAAUCAACAAGACCUUCAAAAGGCGUUGGAUUAUGCUUGUGGAGCUGGAGCUGACUGUACUCCGAUCCUUCAAAACGGUGGCUGUUAUCAACCUAACACCGUAAAGAAUCACUGCGACUGGGCUGUGAACAGCUAUUUCCAAAAGAAGAGUCAAGCUCAAGGGAGCUGUGAUUUCUCAGGCACUGCCACCACUUCUUUGACUGCCCCAACUGGAGCGUCUUCUACCUGUGUUUUUCCUUCAAGUUCCAGCCAAGCAGGAACAAGCACUACAACGACGCCAUCAACAACGACGCCAUCAACAACUCCGACAACCACAAGUCCAACUACAAGCACGACGCCCACAACCACAACUCCCUCGACCACUACACCCACUACUACUACGACCACAGGCACCACCCCUCCCACGGUCUACGGCGCAGGAAUCAGCCCCACAGGGAGUGGCACCACCAGCUACAAUGACAGUGAAGCCGUGCCUCUCAACAGAGGCAUUACCCUUUUCUUCUUCUCCCUUGCACUGACGUUCUGCUCAGUAGUGCUGGGGGGCUGGAGGUGAGAAAAAGAAGUGUCACGGGGGGGAGGUCAUGAUCUGUGGAUUAGAAAUGUCCACUACUGCAGGCGAGAGAUGGAUGAUGAAGUGGGUCCUCUCCUAUGUCAAAAGGGCUAGGGUAUUUGAUUCCUUUUUCUGCUGUUGAGGCUUGAGGGUAGAAGUGUAGAACCUGAUCUUCUUCUUUUUGGUUUUGUCCCUUUUGUAUCUAGAAAGUAGUAGUAUUUUAAAAAUAAAAAUUAUUGGAGCUUUAUUUUA